GAAUGAUGAUUUAAAAAAAUACUCUGCUGCUUUAUUAUUGUAUAAUGUGGCUGUAAAAUUCAUUAUGUGGAUUUUUACUUUGUAGCGUAAUACAACCAAUUUAAUCAAAUUGAUACUCCAGAGAAAGAGAUUAUACUUGAAAGAACAACGUGGAUAUUUUAAACUGUGGUAUUAACAUUGUUUUGAACUCUUACAUGGUAAUUUCCCACCAGCAGCACUAAAAGAAGGCAGCGUUUAUUGACUCUUCAUGGUAGCUAUAUCCAGAAAUAACUCAAUUUGUUACUGUUGUUAUUUAACAGAUAAGAGAACUAAGGUUUAGAGAAGCUAAACAAUUUGUUUGAGGUUCACACUCCUGAGAGACAUGUGGUACAUCUCUUUAGGCAGCUCACUGUCCCACUCUGAGAACUUCUGAAGACUUUUAAAUAUUCUCCUGUCCCACAGAUCUCUAACCUCCCUCUUUUUUCCCCAUUCUCAGCUCAUGACCUUGGCUUUUCAAAGAGAAAUCAAAGUCAUCCAGCUAAGAACUGCUCAGCUUUCCAACACCAAAAGUUCUAACUUACCUGUGUGUGCACUCAUCCUUUUCUUCCUUCUUGCCUUUAGAAAGAGAAAUAUAUGCAUCCAUCCAUCAAAAAGGCUGUGCCUCCACCUCUUCUUUGUAUCCCAACCCUUCCUGCCUUUCAGGAACCUUACACUUGUCUCUCUAGUAUCUUCAGCCUCUUUAUAGUAUCCUUCGUAUAAUCAUUUAAAAUGUUCUAGUCUAUACCAAUUUAAAAUACACAUCCUUGGUCCUACAUCUUCCUGUACUUACCAUCUCUUGCCUCCCACCCACACUCACCCUUUCCACCUUUUCACUCAACUUCACUCCAUCCUGACAUCCACCCACAAUAUUCAGUCGUGACCACCAUAACGCAGGGUCACAUUUUGGAUCUAUCCCCAAUUAGGUUUGACACCCUUUCUGGAUCUGGACAUACUUUGAUUCUUUUAAUUAUAGUGGGAAAGAAAUUUUAGGAAUUUACAUACAUUGCUCAUACUUCAUAAGUGCAAACAUGCAGCUCUCUUAAAGAAGGCAGUGACUUUUUGACAUCUCUUGAUCUGGGAGAGCAAUCACAAAUUUAUUAAUAUUCACUACCUCCACAGCAGCUAAGGUAGUGACAUGGUUGGAAUAAGAGAAAUUCUGCCUUCAAACAGUGACCAGAACCCUCCCUGUUGCUAAAUUCAGGGAAAAGUUUCAGUUCUUAUCUCCCUUGACCUAGAGCAGCAUCCAGUGAAGUUGGCCAUUCUCUUCUCUUGGCUUCUGUGACCAAUCUUGGCUUUCCUCCUGCUCUCCUGACUGCUCGCUUUUUGUAUUCUUUCCUGCCUCCACCCUCUCCACCUGACCUUUACAUAUUAAAUUUCUCAGGUCUCCAUCCUGGGUUCUCAAUUAUCUAUUCUCUCCCGUGGUGAUUUCAGCCACUCCCCUGGCUUCAUUUACCCUAAGCCUGCCGGAAUGUAUACAUCUAACCCAAGCUGCCAUUUUUAGCUAAGACCUAUAUAUCUAAGGCACAUCUGACAUCUCUACUUGGUUCUCUCACAGGUACAACUGAACUCUUAAUCUUGCCCUGAUCCCCCAUAGCUCCUGACAGAAAUUGAGGUGUCACCUGGAUGACCAUCUUCUUUUUAAACUCUGCCACUAUUCGAUCUGUUCCCAGUAGGCCAUCUCAUUAUUUCUCAAAGCCAUCCACAGCCCUCGCAUCACCACCACCACCACUCAAACCUGCACCUGCCCUCUACUGCCAUCAAUGUAGUGUAAACUCUUAGAAUAAAGUUCAAAAUCUUUAACUCAGCAGCCUGCAUAGUCUGGCCCUCACCUACCUCCUCAUCCUAUUUUUGUGCCCACAUCUCUAGUUCUCUAUGGAGUUUUGUUCAGUUUCUCAAAAAUUUCAACUUUCUCCUCAGCUCAGUUCUUCAUCACCUGUUGUUCCCUAUGCCUGGAAAGCUCCUUCUCCAACUCUGCUUGGAUAGCUCUUGCUCAUCUAUCAGGCUCAGCUUAAAAGAUCACUUCCUCAGGGCAGCCUUUCCCAUGAAGAAACUUCAAAAAGGACACACUAGAAUUAAUUAGAAAUGUUAAGAUUGCCCAAAAAAGGAGCACCUAGAUUUGAUCAAAUUCAAGAUGAAGAAACUUACCUGGAGAAUUUAGCAGUACAGAGAAAUGCUUCUGCUUUUUUUGAAAAAUAUGAUCGGAGUGAAGUACAAGAGUUGCUGACUACUGCACUAGUUAGCUGGUUGUCUGCCAAAGAAGAUGUCCACUCUCAAGUAGACAUCCCGUGUGGAAUUAUGAGUCAAAUAAAUAAUGUAGCCUUCUCCACUGCAAUCCUACUGACUCCUGUAGACCCUACUGCCCUCUUAGACUAUAGAGAAGUCCAUCAAAUCAUAAGGGAAUUGGCUGUUGGAAUUUAUUGCUUAAAUCAAAUUCCUUCAAUCAGUUUAGAAGCUAAUUAUGAUCAGAGUUCUUCUUGUCAAUUACCUCCAGCUUAUUAUGAUACCAGAAUUGGGCAAAUUCUGAUCAAUAUUGACUACAUGUUGAAAGCACUAUGGCAUGGAAUAUAUAUGCCCAAAGAAAAACGAGCUAGAUUCUCUGAAUUGUGGCGUACCAUCGUGGACAUUGAUCCAGAUGGGAAGCCUCAAACAAAUAGAGAUAUUUUUGCAGAGUUUAGUUCAGCAGGUUUGAUAGAUAUUACAAAGGAUCCAGAUUUUGAUGGCAUCUAUGAUGAAGACAUGAAUGCAGAUCCAACAUAUAAUCCCAAUAGCCCUGAAGAAAAAGCUGUAUUUAUGAAAUAUGCUGAAAAUAUUCUACUAAAGUUGACAUUCAGUACCACACAAGUUCAACAGUGUGAAAAUGUUUUUAUAUUUGAAACAGCCUAUUGGCUUACUAAUGCUGUAAGAUAUAAUCAGGAUUAUCUUGACAUUUGUACCUACCAGAGAUUACAGCAAAGGUUAUAUCUUCAAAAAAAGAUUAUUCAAAAACACUUUGAGAAGAAAAAAGAAAUCAGGAAAGGGAUAGGAUACCUAAAAUUAAUAUGUUUUCUGAUUCCAUUUCUACUGAGUUUAAAAAAGAAGAUGAAAGUUCCAUAUUUAAGUAGUCUGCUUCAGCCUUUUUCAGACGACAAGGUCAAGACAGAGCGAGAAUUGCCUCCAUUCAUUUAUGGACGAGAUUUUAAAUGCCAGAAUUUUCACUACAAAGAGGAUCAAUAUUUUCAUGUUCAUGGAGGAAUUGAAUUUGAUAUCAGCACUCCUUCAAUUGAGAAUGCUUUGGAAGAUUUUAAGAACAAUUUAGAAAAAAUACGGGAUUGUGCUGCUAAUACGUUUGCAGAAGAUUCAGGAUACAAAGAAUAUUACUCAAUACCAAUCAUGAAAUUAAAUGGAAAAAGCUACUAUGUGAUCAGUUUUGAACUUGAAACUUUCUAUCAGCAACUAUAUAAGACACAGUGGUGGGGAGCCAUAAAUGAAAUAGUGAACAAUCUGAGACUGAAAAGACUUCCGCUGACAGAUGCUCAAUUACAUGAACAAUUUAAGAAAAAAUUUGGUUUCAAAAAAGCUAUGAAAUGCAAGAGUAUCCCAUUUGGUAUGAAGUCUGCUGCUGAAAGAGGAUUAUCUGCUGUUUUCCAUACAUUUAGCCGUAAAACUUCAAGUUCGACGAUCAAUGUUUCAGAUGAGGCAGGUUAUGCUAUUUUCCAUCAAGCUGCUCUACACAACAGAGUUCCAAUCAUAUGUCAACUGUGCAAUGCCAACUUCAAUGUUAACCAGAGACGCUUUAUUAUACUUAGCCAAGAGUCAUCAAAACUAGACAUGAAAAAUGAAAGAAAUGGUCCAACACCUCUACACCUGGCAGCACAGGCUUGCUCAUUGGAAACAACCACCUGUCUACUUUAUUUCAAAGCUGAUUACACACUUUCUGAAAAAAGAGGCUGGAUGCCAAUUCACUUUGCUGCUUUCUAUGACAAUAUCUGCAUCAUAAUUGUUCUCUGUAGGAAGGAUCCUAGUUUACUAGAAGCUGAGGCAACAGCUGAGAAUCAGUGUACUCCUCUGUUACUUGCUGCCACUUCGGGAGCACUGGACACUAUUCAGUACCUACUUUCUGUUGGAGCUAACUGGAGAAAAACAGAUAUUAAAGGAAAUAAUAUAAUUCAUUUAGCAGUGCUAACCUUUCACACGGAAGUUCUCAAGCAUGUAAUAGAGUUAAAUAUUCCUGAACUCCCAGUUUGGAAAACUUUAGUAGAAAUGUUGCAGUGUGAAAGCUAUAAACGAAGGAUGAUGGCUGUCAUGUCUUUAGAAGUAAUCUGCUUAGCAAAUGAUGAAUACUGGAAAUGUAUUUUGGAUGCAGGCACCAUUCCUGCCUUAAUCAAUCUAUUAAAAGGUUCCAAAAUAAAAUUACAGUGCAAAACAGUUGGGUUAUUGAGUAAUAUCUCAACCCAUGCAAAGAUAGUGCAUGCUCUAGUAGAAGCAGGAGCUAUUCCAGCUUUGAUCGACCUACUGGUUUCUGAUGAACCCGAACUACACUCUCGGUGUGCUGUCAUUCUGUAUGAUAUUGCUCAACUUGAAAACAAGGAUGUUAUUGCCAAAUAUAAUGGAAUUCCAGCUCUGAUAAAUCUUUUGAACUUAGACAUAGAAAGCGUGCUAGUAAAUGUAAUGAACUGUCUACGGGUAUUAUGUAUGGGAAACAAAAACAAUCAAAGAGCAGUGAGAGACCAUAAAGGCAUCCCGUAUCUUAUCACAUUUCUGAGUUCUGAGUCAGAUGUGUUGACAGCUGUAUCUUCUGUUACAAUUGCUGAGGUUGCACGUGACAAUAAGGAAGUUCAGGAUGCUAUGGCUAUGGAAGGAGCCAUUCCUCCUCUGGUGGCUCUUUUUGUGGGAAAACAACUUGGUGUUCAAGUGAAGGGUGCAAUGGCUGUGGAAGCACUGGCAAGUUACAACCCUGCUAUACAGAGAGCAUUUCUGGAAAAAUCACUAAGUAAAUAUCUUUUAAAACUCCUCAAGGCAUUUCAAAUAGAUGUUAAGGAACAAGGAGCUGUAACACUUUGGGCCUUGGCAGGACAAACACUAAAACAACGAAAGUAUAUGGCAGAACAGAUUGGAUACAACUUUAUAAUAAAUAUGCUUUUAUCACCAUCAGCUAAAAUGCAGUAUGUUGGAGGUGAAGCAGUCAUAGCGCUAAGUAAGGACAGCAGGAUACACCAAAAUCAAAUAUGUGAAGGGAAUGGAAUUGCACCACUGGUUCGCUUACUAAAGAUUAGUAAAAUAGCUGAAGGAACACUUCUGAGUGUCAUCAAAGCAGUGGGAUCCAUCUGUAUCGGUGUCGCCCAUACAAGCAAUCCCAUUAGUCAACAGUUUCUUGUAGAAGAAAAGGCCUUUCCAGUACUUAUCCAACUACUGAGAAAUCACCCUUCUCCUAACAUUAAGGUUGAAGUGGCAUUUUCCUUGGCAUGCAUUGUCCUAAGAAAUGAUCAGUUACAGAAUGAAUUACAAGAAAAUGAAGGAUUUAAUUAUGCUGAUGUCCUUUAUCUUCUUCACUCACAAGAUAAGGAUAUUUGUUUAAGAGCAGGCUAUGCGUUAACCCUUUUUGCCUUCAAUAGUCGCUUUCAACAAUACUUAAUAUUGGAAAGUGGAAUAAUAACCAUAUCAACUUUUGAACCUUUUCUUGAAUCAACAUUUGAAACUGAGAAGGCAAUGGCAGCUUUUCAGAUUAUUAUAUUAGCUAAAGUCAUUAUAGAUGUGGACCACAUUACUUUGACUGCAAGAGGUGUUACUAUUUUAGUUGAUAGUCUGUAUUCAGUUCAUUCCACUACUAUUGCCUUGACAGGGAAUUUAAUAGCUACCCUGGCUCAUUCUAGAGGUGGUAUUCCAGAAGCAUUUACCACAUUAGGGACAAUCCAACGGCUCUGCUAUCAUUUGUACUCAAGGCAAGAAGAGGUUCGCAUGGCUUGCUCCAGUGCUCUUGGCUACUUAACUUACAAUGCAAAUGCUUUCCGAAUCUUAUUAAAGGAAUGCAGGAAUAAGCCUAAUCAGUUCCUUCGUAUAACAGAGAAUAUCAGCAGAGAUGCAAGUAUAAACCCAGCAUUUUUAAAGGAAUUUCAAAUGCAACAAAGAGUGGGACUUCCUUCCUUAAGUCUGGAGAAAAAUGGAGGACCAUCCAUAAUUCCUGUCUUUAAAAAAGGGAAAGAGCACCGAAGAAAAUUAAAACCCAAAAUUCAACCAAGAGAUUCUUUGACUUUUAUACCUCCUGUAACUAACUUCAUGGGACUCUUCAAAACAAAAAAGACCACUGCUUCUCACAGUAUUUUUUCCUUUUCAUCUGCAAUUUCAUCAGAUAUCACAACUGUAUCAAGACCAAGAAUAGUGCUUUUGAGCCAACUUGGGAAACAUGUACAGAAAGCUAAUCCGGAGCCUGCAGAAGGCUAAUUAA